AUGGCCCUUGAAGCUCCUUUGAGGUCAUCGACUGGAAACCUUCAAUUCCCUUUCGCCUACCCUCAGACAGACAUGUCUGCGCCCACAGAUCAUGAGAGCCGCCGCUCUCCAUUCAGACCAUUCUCUUCUCCCCCUCCUGCUACCGAUUCGUCAUCCCUUCGACCGAAUUCCGUCAAUCGCAUGUCAAGUAGCUCUUACAAUGUCAUGAGUCCCAGUGAUAUUGUUGGUCCUUCUCCAGUUACGUCCAAUGGCACCGAGACAACCGAAAUUGAGGAUGAUGUUUCAGAAGACAUCGAGAAGGAGGUUACCGACAAACAGUCCGCUCGUAGAUCUGAGCUGUUAAUGCUUACGACAAAUCUGCCUGAGAGUGUGCGCCAAUCGAGUACUGAGGAAGCAGUAUCUGUCAUACAUGCACCUGAAAGCUUUUCUAGCUGGGUUGCUGCGGACCCAGCUCCAGCAGUGGAACAGAAAGGACCGAGCCCUAGAUCCUCUCCAAAGUCAGAAGUUGAAAGUCUAGCUUCUCAUAACGGUCAUAACGGUGCAUCAGAGAAGGCAUCGACUCAUCCAACACGACCUCCGAUUGUAACCGAUGUCAAUCCUGUACGGUACAGCAUAGACAGCGCCACGCCUCGGGCUCAGGAUUUGCAGUCUAUGUUGGACGACGGGGCUCGACUACGCUCAAGCAGUACGAGCAGCCUGGAGAAAAUUGAUGAACAAACCGAGGCUGAGGGUGACGACGAGGAUUACGAAUCAGAAGCACUGCCGGUACCUCAGCAAUCAGAUGAGAUCGAGACACUACGAGAAGCACUUACAGAAUGCUGGACUUUAUGUAACAGUAUGUCCAAGCUGAGUUCUAUCAACCGCAAGCGUGCUGCUGGUAAAAGUGGCAUUCCCGAUGCUCAUGAGAAGGCAUGGAGGACCUGUUGGAAACUCUGUCAGCGACUUUACAUGAGCCGAGACGAGGAUGCCAGCAACUUCAAUGUCAAGGUUAACCUUGAUCUCUGUCGAGACUUUUGCCAAGCAUUGUUCGAUGUGCGACAACGCAAUGAUGAAGCGGCGGAUUCGGUCUUGCGUGUGAGUUUCGAGCUCAACAACCACUUGUACAGCGCUCAGGAUGUCAACCUACCGGAAGAGUUCAGGGAGCGCACGUUAGACUUUUACAUCGCCCUUUGUCACCGACUCAUGAAGCAACGGAGUGAUUUGGCCGAAGAGACCGAUCAACUACUCCGAGCCUGCUGGGCUCUGGCAGAAAUGCUCUUCAAUCUGAGACAGAACAGGAGAGACGGGAGACGCCCAGACGAGGAGCUACUCAGCUCUACUGUUCAGGCUUGCUUGGAAUUGUGUGAUGUUUUCCGAGACAGUUGGGCUCAAGUGCGACCUGAGAGGGGCGGAACGCCUCGUCCAGGGCAGCCAUUCCCACUAUACUUGAAUGACCAGAAUGGCCGACAAAGUCGCGGAUCAAAUCCAUCCUCUGUCCGCUCAAGACACGAUAGUGUCAAGAGUGGACGCCAGGAAGAGAAACCAAGGAAUCCUGUGGUCCCCGAAACCCCAGUGACCGAAUUUGAGGACACGCCGAUCUCCCCACAGAGUCGCUCACCUACGAUGCCCAAUAUUCUCGUCCUCGGCACACCCAGUGAUAACAGUCGUGGCCGAUGGUCAAGCAGCGCCUCUAACCUUUCAAGUUACUCGAAGAGUAGCGCCCGGACUUCAAGCACCGCUACCACCACUGCUGCGUCGGAGGAUGCAAAUGUGACACGCGCCAAAAUACUUGUUCUUGCAGCCGCUAUGAACCUGGGCUUCAAUCGCGAUUCGAUUCAUGAUCCCAAAGCUGCGGCCACGGCCUUACAAAGCUUUGUGAAAGACCUUCCCCCUGGAUCAUUCGGCUCCCUCAUCUCACAUUCAAACUUGUUAGCUCAGUAUAAGAACUCAGUCCUCACGGAUGCUAUAAUUCCUCGACACCACACCUUACCAGCCCGAGGCAAGCGGGUCACUGCACAAGAAAUGGCAAAGAGCAUUCAAAUGAUGAUGAAGAGUUCGCAACGAUAUGCUUACCUACGAGAUCUUUUCAAAGUCGUUUUCCAAUUUCCGAUCGAAGAGGUUGAAACACGACGCAACAUUAGCAUUCAAGUGUAA